UUAUUUCAUAUUUUUCCAGCUAACAGCUUGAGUUUCAAGUAGUAUAGUCAGUUUUGCAUAUUCUGGUAUUGGCGUGCAGCUGAAUAUUUUUUAACCGAGUGUACCAAGUAUACCAGUAUACUGGUACAGAAGUAUAGAGAAAUAUGAACAAAGUGAUUUUGAGGACGUCGCAAUGUCUUCGACUAAACUACAGUGACUUUUUAACAACAGUGAACACACCACAAAGAUUUCUUUUCAAACGAGCUUGGUCAACUGCAAAACCAAACCAAGAAGAUAAAGCUAAAGAAGAACCAGAAUCGAAGAUUGAAUGCGAACAGAAGCCAACAGAGGAGUCAGCAGCAAAUGAUGAAAUUAAGAAGUUAAAUGAGUCAUUAGCUGAUUUGAAAGAUAAGUACCAACGUUCAAUAGCAGAAAAUGAAAAUGUAAGAAAAAGAUUGCGGAAAGAAAUCAGCGAUUCGAAACUUUAUGCAGUCCAAGGAUUUUGCAAGGAUCUUCUCGACGUUGCUGAUGUUUUGGACACCGCUGUCCAUAGUGUUCCAAAAGAAAUUCUUGAUGCCAGCAGUCACCCAGACCAUAAAGAAUGGAUGGAUUUUUACAAUGGGGUAACAAUGACAAAAAGUGAACUUUUAAAUGUUUUUAAAAGACAUGGGCUAGUGCCAUUUUCACCCAACAAAGGUGAUAAGUUUGAUCCAAAUAUUCACGAAGCUAUGUUUCAAGCUCCUGUUCCGGAUAUGGAACCAGGAUUAGUUGCUCAUAUUCAAACCAUUGGAUACACUUUACAUGAUAGAACUCUUCGUCCAGCUCAAGUUGGUGUGUCUAAGUAAUAUCCGAAAUAUAUCAAGUUGCAAGAUACCUUUUGUCUCAUGUGUACACUGCUAUUACUAAAGUUGGUUGCAAUGUAUUGUCCAAUCGAUACUAUGAAACUGAUCAAGGAAACCUAGUGCCGAAGGAAUCCUGAAAUUCGGUAUUAUUAAUUGGUACUGAAGCAAACAUCUGAUCAAGGCAAUACUAUCUAUCUGAAUGCUGUCGGUUGUCCUCACUGUCUCAUAAGUAUGCUAUGGCAUUCCUCAUUCAAUAUUUGGUAAUUCUUCUUUAAAUGACCCCUUUUGAUACUAAGUUGGCCAUGGUAUUAAGGUUCUUAAGGACUCGUUGACAAAGACUUGAUAAGGAUAAGAAUUGGAAUGUCCCUCCUGCCCAAAGUUUCAAUGGAUCGGUAAAAACUUAUUAGGUUUCAAAUCACCAACGUACUUAAUUUACAUCUACUGAAGGUAAUUUUUUCCAGUAUUGACUACAUUAUAAAUAUUUUCUGGAAUAUUCGUUAUUUAUCAAAUUUUAUGCUGACUUUUAGCAUUGAAUUCAGGGUUGAGCAUUUAUGACAACAUGUUAUCAUGGAGUGUU